AUGGGAAAGAAAUCAAUUGAAACAAAAACUGAAACAGUUCAAAAAGAAAAUAAAAAUUUAUCCGAAUGUCCAUUCGAUUUUCAACUAUGUCGAAAAGCAUUAGUUGCACUUAAACAAAUUAUUACAAAUGCUCAACAAGGUCAUAAAAAAUUGUUAGAUGAAUCAAUACCGAUCAGUCUCUAUCUUCACGUACAUAAAAUACCUCGAUGUACGUAUCUUCGUCUUGCAUCACAAUUACCUCAUCCAUUUAUUCAACAAGAUACACGUGAUGUAUGUCUUUUUGUUCGGGAUGAUGAUAUUAGUGGUAGAGAUUUUGAAUCAACAAUUCGUCGUUUUAAAUCAAUGAUCGAUCAAUUUAAACUUCCAUUUAAUAUUGAUAUUAUGACACUUAAACAAUUGAAUCAAGAAUUAGUUCCAUAUGAAGCUAAACGAAAAUUAUGUGCACGUUAUGAUCUAUUUCUUGCAGAUCGACGUAUAAUGACAUCAUUAAUGCGUGGUCAAUUAUUAGGCAAACAUUUUCGUCAUCAUGGAAAAAUGCCAUUAGGUAUCAAUGUUUUUAAUAAAGAUUUUAAACAACGUUUAACAUCAUUAUGUUCAUCAAUAUUUGGUCGUAUGGCUGGUACUGGCCCAUUAUUUUCUAUGCAAUUUACAACUGUUCAACAAUCAAUUGAUCAUGGAAUAGAAAAUCUUAAAUCAAUAUGUGAAACUAUCGGUCAAGAAUUACCAGGUAGUUGGUUAAAUAUUGGUCAUGCAUAUCUCUAUGGUAAUAAUUUACAAUCAUUACCAAUUUAUUAUAGUACACAUAAUAAAAAUGAUGUUAAAAAAUUAAAUUUACCAUCGAAUGAUCCAAAUGAAUUAACACAUAUAGGUGAAUUAUCAACAAUUGAUAAAAAUCUUAAUGUUAUUGUUGAACCAAAUGGUAAUAUUCAUUUAACAAAAAGAACAAAAUUAAAUAAUAAUUUUAAAAAGAAAAAACCAACAAAACGUUUACAAAAAAUUUGGACGAAAGGUAUACAAAAAUCAUCAACGGACAAACAUCAAUCGAAAAAACAGAAGAACAUUAAUAAUCGAGAUGAUGAUACACCAAAUUUUAAUACUGAUGGUAAACCAUUAGUUGAUACAGCAUUUGUUAAACGUAUAAGUAGUACAAGACUUGCAAAGAAAUCUGACAAACCAAAACAUAAAGAAGAAAAUUUUGCAAGUAAACCAGCACCAAGAGCUGAAAAACGAAAACGUCUUCUAGCUGCUGCUAAACAAUCUUCAAAAGGAGAUCAGGGUGAUGAUGUUCCAACACUUGUUGAUGAUAGUGAAGAACGAAAAAUAAAAAGUGGUGGUAGAAAUGAUGAAACAUCAAGGAUAAUGGGAGAUAUACAAAUAUGCGACCAACAAUUGUUAAGAGAAUUAUUAUUACAACUGAAAAUCGAUGUUUUAUUACCAAUUGUUGUUUUUGCUUGUAAUCGGCCACGUGCUCUUCAAACUCAUAUAGAAGCUUUACUUAAAAUUCGAAAAAAUCCGGAUUUAAAUCCAAUUAUUGUCAGUUUGGAUUGUAAUGAUCAAGCGACACUUCAAGUUGCUAAAAAUUUCAGUAAUAAAAUUAAAACAAUCAUUCAAUUACCAGAUCUUGGUCCAAUUAUUGUUCCUCCGGAAAAUCAACUUUUAGCUGGAUAUUAUAAAAUAGCACGUCAUUAUAAUUAUUCAUUGAAUCGUGUUCUCAAUGAAUUUAAUUAUGAUGCUAUUAUUAUUACAGAAGAUGAUUUAGAAGUAUCUCCUGAUUUUCUUGAUUAUUUUCAAGCAGUUUAUCCGUUAUUAAAAGUUGAUAAAACUAUAUGGUGUAUAUCUGCAUGGAAUGAUAAUGGUAUUGAUCAAAAAAUUAAUCGUCAAGCAGAUCUUCUUCAUCGUAGUGAUUUUUUUCCGGGUCUUGGUUGGUUAUUAACAAAAACAGUUUGGAAUGAAAUAAAAGAUCAUUGGCCACCAGCUUUUUGGGAUGAUUGGAUGAGAAAACCUGAACAACGUCGUGAUCGAGUAUGUAUUCGACCGGAAGUUUCACGUACAGGUAUAUCUCCCGAAGGUAAAAAAGGUGUGAGUGGAGGUCAAUUUUAUGAUAGUUAUUUAAGAAAAAUAAUUAAAAAUACAGAUCCCAUUGAUUGGAAAUCUAUUGAUCUCAAUUAUCUUAUCAAAGAUCAAUAUGAUCCAGUAUUUGACUCUCGUGUUAAUGCUUGUUCUGUGAUAACUGUAUCUGAUUUAAAUAUGCUUGAUACUGAUUUGAAAUGUGCACGAUUACGUUAUAGUAAUAAAAAAGAAUUUAUUGCCAUUGCAGAUGUACUUCAAAUAAUGAAUGAUUUUAAGGAUAAUGUACCUCGAACGGCCUAUCGAGGUGUUGUUCAAUGUCGUUAUGAUAAAACGAGAAUAUAUGUUACUUCGAAUCAACAACCAUGGAGAAGUUAUGCAGAAAUAUCUGAGUAA